CUUGUUGGUGAGAUCAUCCAAUCAGCGCACGGACUUUUACUUCUCUCGUAGUCGGAGUCUCUAGCCCCGCCCCCUGCCUCUGUCUCUCUGAUGUCUACCCUUUCCUGGCGCCCUGCGGUGAUUGGGGCCUCCCCGCCUCAUGCGCCGCUGCUGCCCGGUACUAUUUGUAAACAGCGCCGGGGAACCUCCACCCCCGUCCGCCUCAUCCUGCUCCCGCCCACCGGAGCCUCCCCCAUCCAAGAUGGCGGCAGGUGGGAGCGGCGGCCUGUCGUUCCCCGGGGUAGUGGGCAACAGCGCCCCCAGCAACCGCAGUGGAUCGUCGGCCACGUCCUACAACUAUAGCGGCGGAGCCGCGGCCUCAUCCCCCGGGAACCAGGCAGCGUCUGCGGUCUCCUCGACCGGGGCCUCCCCCCCAGCUGCCCCGCCUCCGCCCCCCCCUGCGGGCGCUGGCCUCCUGCACCGAGAGCCCGUGUAUAACUGGCAGGCCACCAAGACCACGGUGCGGGAGCGCUUCACCUUCCUCUUCAACAACGAGGUGCUGAGCGACGUGCACUUCCUGGUGGGGAAGGGACUGGGCAGCCAGCGGAUCCCCGCACACAGGUUUGUUUUGGCAGUUGGAAGUGCAGUCUUUGAUGCCAUGUUUAAUGGUGGCAUGGCCACAACAUCCACAGAAAUUGAAUUGCCAGAUGUUGAACCUGCUGCUUUUCUUGCUUUGCUAAAAAGCUGCAUGCUGAACGCUGGCUCCCUGGUCUCUCCCCUGCUGAACUUCACAGGCUGGAAAAAAGAGGAGGGGGGCACAUUGGCGACGCAGUUCCUGUAUUCUGACGAGGUGCAGAUUGGACCUGAGACAGUCAUGACUACUCUGUACACAGCGAAGAAGUAUGCAGUGCCAGCACUGGAGGCCCAUUGUGUGGAGUUUCUGAAGAAGAACCUAAGGGCUGAUAAUGCUUUCAUGUUACUUACUCAGGCUCGCCUCUUUGAUGAACCUCAGCUUGCCAGUCUCUGCUUGGAAAAUAUAGAUAAAAACACUUCUGAUGCCCUAAAUGCAGAAGGAUUCACUGACGUAGAUUUGGAUACCUUGGUUGCAGUGUUGGAACGAGACACAUUGGGGAUCCGCGAGAUUAGACUGUUUAAUGCAGUGGUACGCUGGUCUGAGGCAGAGUGCCAGAGACAGCAACAACCAAUUACCUCCGAAAACAAACGGAAAGCGCUUGGCAAGGCAUUGUCUCUUAUCCGUUUCCCACUUAUGACUAUUGAAGAGUUUGCUGCAGGUUCCUCCCCAGGUCCAGCUCAGUCAGGCAUUCUUACGGACCGGGAGGUAGUGAGCCUGUUCCUGCACUUUACAGUGAACCCCAAACCUCGGGUGGAGUUCAUAGAUAGGCCAAGAUGUUGCCUGCGGGGAAAAGAGUGUAAUAUUAACCGUUUCCAGCAGGUGGAAAGCCGUUGGGGUUACAGUGGAACCAGUGACCGAAUAAGAUUUUCAGUUAAUAGAAGAAUAUUUGUUGUGGGAUUUGCACUGUAUGGGUCAAUACAUGGUCCCACAGACUAUCAAGUAAACAUACAGAUUAUUCACACGGACAGCAACACUGUCUUAGGCCAGAAUGACACCGGUUUCAGCUGUGAUGGCUCUUCCAGCACAUUUAGAGUGAUGUUUAAAGAACCAGUGGAAAUACUCCCCAAUGUCAACUACACUGCUUGUGCCACACUAAAGGGUCCGGAUUCCCACUAUGGUACAAAGGGACUGCGGAAAGUUAUACAUGAAUCUCCCACUACUGGCGCCAAGACUUGCUUCACAUUUUGUUACGCAGCAGGCAAUAACAAUGGGACCUCAGUUGAGGAUGGACAGAUUCCUGAGAUAAUCUUCUAUACAUAGGCUGGAUAAAAGCUCUUACGGAAACGAUAGAAGGCCUGCUGUCCUUCCCUUUGAUUACAGCAAAGGGAAAAGAUUUGGAUGGUAUCAGGAGGCCGGUUCAUGUGCCUAGCAUAGGGCGCCUUUUCAGUGGGGAUGGGGAGAACUGGCAUAACAUUUUCAUUGGGUACUGUACCCCUGUAGUGCUGCCAUCUAUCCCACACUUAGCAAGUCAUCCGCUUUUUGGCAUGGCUACUAAACAUUACCAUUUGCCUGUUCCUCAUCUCACCCAGAGACUUGUUCAAAGCCAAAAAAUUGAGCUUAAGUCUUCUGUUCCACCUGAGUUAAUGAUGCUCCAUGUAAGUAGUAAUCCUGCAGCCUCCAGUGCUAGUGGUGUAUCUAGCCUUUACAUGUUAGGAGAGGCAGGGGGAAUGAGUAAACAAUUGUCUUCAAAAUUGUUGUUUAUUUGGAGAAUAAAUAGAAAAUAUCAAUACAAAAAGAAAUUUAUAAAUAUAGAAUAUUUUUCUGUCUAUAGUUGAUUGUGGUGUAGUGCUUUGUCUGGGCUGUUUGCAUGGACCAUCAGCAGUGUCCAAGAGACAAUGUCACAAGGUGCUGGAUGACUUGGGACUCAUUUUGGUCAGGCUGUGUGUGUAGGGGGGGGGGGGGCGUUAUUUUAUUCCACACUCCAUCCAUGUUGCUCCACCUUGCUGCCACAUCACGUGACAGGACAUAGUGUUAAAGGCCCCCUGGGAUAAAUAAGCCAUUUUGUUUUUUUAAUUGGGACAAUCUACGAUUUUAAGCACUUAGGCGUCUCUCCCUUUCUGAAAGAGACGACAGACUUCAAAUGUAGUUUGCAGUCAUAAUGGUCACUACUGCUAAUUUAAUAGUGCCUGCUUCAUCAGCAGUUGUUUCGUUUACACUCUUCCCUUCAUUCUGCCUGUUCUGUUAAAUCUGAAUAUGCCCAUCAGUCAUUUCCACUUAUAGUUUAACUUAUCCACUAAUUUUCAUCCUUAUUCCUAUUUUUAUACAUGUUGCAAUCACAUCUCCCCUAUUCAUGAUCACAAAUGCAGCAUAUUCUGUGCUUUAUAGCACUAAGCACUUUGCCACAAAUUAGUAUUUCACAUUGCUAUCUUCAUCUGGCAUUGCAGAAGGAUGCACUCCACCAAGGUGAAUAUUCUUUAACUGAGUUUAUUAAUGUAUCCGAUCCUGCAUCUGUGAAGGACUUUUUCUCAAAUUGUCACGAACAUUUCAGCUACUUGUAAAUCAGCACUCUGAAAAUUGUGUGUUAAAAUCCUUAUAAAACUACAGCUCUCUCAUGCCAUCUUCUGCAGUGAUGUGGUCUACUUGUUCCAUAGAAAGGAAUAAACAUAUUCUAGAGAUUUGUAUUUCUAAAGCAGCAGAGCACACCAUCUUAGGCUUUCCAUUUGGACAGUUAUCUCACAUUUGGACCCUAGGGUCUCUAUUUGGCCUCUCGUGUCUAACUUAUGUUUGCUUAAGUAUGAAACUGACCAGCUAUUUCUAUAAAUGUUAAUUGAUUUGGCGCAGUUAAAGAAAAGCAUUGGUCUUUGGUAGUUGCUGUGAGGUCCCAAAUCCCAGCUGAUGGUUGCUAUAAAGACCAUUGAGUGAUCAAUCCACAGGACAUUGUAUAGUGGUACUGUAGAAGAGCUGCAAUGUAUGCUCUGUGUAAAGUUUAAGUGUUGGCGACUGUUAGCGACAGAGGGCCUCAGAGUAAGCGCAUGCAGGUGUUUCAUAUGCAUUCUCGCAAUCAUCAUUUAUUGCUGAGAUACCCUUUAACUAUAAAGAAAGUUCUAUAUCCAAAGUGUAUCCCAGUCUUAAAAUGUUUUUGCCUAUCUGAUAAAAACACCAGCUAGGAAGGAGUGAGGGAGGUCCAGCCAAGCUUGUGGCUUUUAUCCUCACUAUUGUGUAUAUAUUGGUUUCAUGUUUGCUUGAUUCCUCUCCCACCCCCCCCCCCCCCCCCCCCCCACCCCCCACAUAGUGUGGUGUUUUUUUUUAUUUUUAUAAUGCAUCAGCAGUGUGCUGGCAGCAGAUAUGCAGAAUGCAUUGGAGACAUUACUAGGUAGCCAGUAAUUGGCCUAAUCCAACUCACAGCAGAAUUUUCCGUGUUGUGUUAAAUUGACGUUUAAGAGUCGGGGUGAAAAUAGUGACAAUAUUGUAUCACAAGCUGGUGCGAGAACAGAAAGUAUGUGGCCGAUGCUGACGUAUAAUGCAUGCAGAAUGCUAACACAUGAAUGAACUCUGGCCAGUCAGUCUUGGUAACUGGACACCUGACCUCACUGCACAUAGAGGAGCACUUCUGUAGAAUUAACACGCUUUAUUUACAUACCAAAAUCAAAUCAAUUCCAUUAGGACAUCUGCAAUAAUUAAAUUUCCAUGCUAAAAUUCUUCCCAAUUUUUUUUUCAAGAGUAUAGAGCUUAUAAUUUCUCACAUUCUUUAUCAUUCUUGAAUGUAAAUAUGUUGGUAUUGCGCCCCCCCCCCCCUCCUUUUAUUUUGAUUUACUUAUUUACUAUUAUUUCGGUCUAUUACAAAGACCAAGCUCUAUAUUCUGCAUCUUGAAUGUACACUCCCAUCUUACCCUGCUUCUCGGUUUGUAAAUAGACAAUGAAUAAAGACAUAUAAUUAA